GCUUUUAGUGUAGUUCUGUGCUCGCUAACGCGCACUCCUUCGUAGUAAAAUAGAAAAAACAACAGCAGCAAAGAAAAGAAACACUUGUUAUCGUCUCCGCUUAUAAACUAGCACUUGCAUUUUGUUUGUACACCUGUUGGCACACUCAUAACACUCACACGUAGUCUUCCUCACAAAAGAGUACACGAUGCUCCGCUUUGUGUCCCGCAAGGUGCCGCUGGCGGCAAUGGCGCUGUCCGUUGCCCGCUUCCAGUCUAGCGCCGUGGUGGGCGAGUCUGCUGCUGCUGCUGCUGCUGCACGCCCGUUCCCCAACCGCCGCAACUAUCGAUCCACACAGCUGCUCCCCAGAUUCGAAAUCCACGACGUGCGUGAUGAGGCGGCGCAGGGAAGCAUGACGCGUGUGUCCGUCGACGGCAAGCAGCUGCUGCUUUCGCAGUUUCCGCAGCUGGGCCCGCGCAAGGCCGACCCGAAUGACCCGUCGCCGCAGUUCGACCGGGAGCGUCGUAUCUCGCUGCGUUUUCGCCACAUGGACCUCGCCGCCCUCGUGUGCGUCGUCGAGGGCCGUCUGCCCAGUCACCACAUGACCAACAGCGCCUACGAGCUAGUCUUUGAAAAGAGCCCGAGCGGCUACGUGGUGAAAGGGCAGGUGCACCGCACCUCGUCGCAGGCGAAGGAGGAGUGGAGCGUGCGCUUUGAGAACCAAUUCGCGGUGACGCUGGAACACUUUCUGCAGAGUGCGCUGACGGAGAGCUUUGGGUUUGUGGAGUACCAGCACGCGGUGGCGGAGCAGGCUCGCCGGAGCACCCGCACCGGCGACAACAACAGCCAGAGCCAGAACCAGAACCAAAACCGCCGUCGCAACAACAACGGUCGCAGAGCCAACAGCAGCAGCAGCAGCAACAGCAAGGCAAGCGUAGAGAAGGCGGCGGAGGCCGACGAUAGCAGCAUCAGCUAA